AUGGGUCCGCUGCCUCUGAGCCCGCCCGCAAUGCUGCGGCCGCCUCUGCUCCUUCUGCUCCUGUUGCUGUUGGGACCCGGACUCGGGCCCACUUCCCAGAGGUCACAUGUGCACCGGCGUGGGCUUCUAGAACUGGCAGGGACCAUGAACUGUGUUGGCAGCCGCAGCCCCCUGUCCUACAUAAGCUAUGGCUGCUAUUGUGGCGUGGGAGGCCAUGGCCAGCCCCGCGAUGCCAUCGACUGGUGCUGUCACCAGCAUGACUGCUGCUACACGCAGGCUGAGCAGGCUGGCUGCAGACCCAAGAUGGAGCGCUACCCCUGGCAGUGUGUCAAUCAGAGCAUCGUGUGCGGACCAGCGGAGAACAAAUGCCAGGAGCUCUUGUGCAAGUGUGACAAGGAGAUUGCUUACUGCUUAGCCCAGACUAAGUACGACUUAAAGUACUUAUUCUACCCUCGUCUCUUGUGUGAGAAGGACUCGCCCCAGUGUGACUGA